GAAGGCAACAAUACGCAACACAACGUCCAGUCUGCUGGAAACUCACAGGAAGAAGAAAAACGUCAAAUUCCAAAGUACCGUCUUUAGUCCUUCCUUUUCCGGUGACAUUAAUAGAAGGUAUCACCAUGGUCCAGCGCCUAACUUACCGUCGUAGGUUGUCCUACAACACCGCCUCCAACAAAACUAGGCUGUCCCGGACUCCUGGUAACCGCAUUGUGUACCUGUACACCAAGAAGGUGGGCAAGGCACCCAAGUCGGCAUGCGGAAUCUGCCCUGGUAGACUGCGUGGAAUCCGGGCAGUGAGACCCCAGGUCCUGAUGAGGCUCUCAAAGACAAAGAAGCACGUCAGCAGGGCCUACGGCGGUGCCAUGUGUGCGAAGUGUGUGCGUGAUAGGAUCAAGCGUGCUUUCCUGAUUGAGGAGCAGAAGAUUGUUGUCAAGGUCCUUAAAGCACAGGCUCAGAGUCAAAAAUCUAAGUAAAUGUGUAUUUGCACUGCAACAUUAAAAUAAUUGAAAAUA